ACGUUAGUUGGUAAGCAGUGAGGAGUAUUGAAUUUUUUAUAAAUGAGGGCUGCGAGGGAUAACUAGCUUCGCUGUCGCCAAGCUGAUUCGACCGGCCGAUGCUCUAUGCACUGGGGACGUCCAGAUAUCACAUAAACCCACUACGUCAAGAAUUACAAGUAGGACUGACCUGUAGGAAAAUUUACGUGGGUCGAAUAGGAAAAGAAAGAAUAAGGGAAAAGUAAAUUAGAGCGACCAUACUAAUAAAUACGAUUGUGAAACUCUUGCGCAUAAUGGCCGCAUUAGUUCUCGUCACAUUCCCCUUUCCCUCCUUACCCGUAGAGCAAGCACAUUAUACGCUUCGGCGAGCGCUAUAAGGUCAAUAUACAUAUGUCAUAUCGAACCCUCACUUAAAGGUACCACAAGAAUAUGUCCAGCUAAAAUAAUAUAAACUGAGCUGAGUCUGUCUUGAUAAAUAUACGGGAGCGGCCCGAAGCCGAGUUGUCGUGCUUUGGCCCCCAAUUUAUCAGCACUAGCCCAUCAGAAAAAAAGACGAAAGGCGUGAACCGCUCGAAUGGAAACUACCGAUCUUAUAGAUACGCCAAAAGGCCAUGGAAGGAAUGAGUUAUUGACUAGGACACCCCCAACUCUCCCUUUAACGGUUCCACACGACCCUCGUCCUCGAGAGUACACUAACAACACCAAUAAUACCCUCACUUGGGACCAUUCUCACGUCUACCCUACUAGUCCGUCGACGAAAGCUUCGACCUCUACUUUGAAAUCGACCGCGACAACUACUGGUCCGUCAUCAUCAUCCUCGUCUUUGCCAGCCGAGACCGCCGAUCCUUUCCAAUAUGUAUCAUCUAACUUCGAUCUCGGAAGUACUCUAAGCACCAGUGUAGAUAAGGAGGAUGACAUUGCUGAGAACCACGACUACCGCCCGACUGCUAAGAAAACUUUUCCCAAGUCAACAGCCGGUUCCAGCUCUUCGAGGCUCUUCCGGUCCAUAGUUUAUAAAUUUGGCCGCGCGUUUAACAGGAAUUACUUCCUGCCUCACGAUAAGCAAGAGCAAGAGAGGAAUAACCUUCAACACGAGAUUAGUAUUGACGUGCAUGAUGGUGCAUUGCAUAUCUGUCCAGUAGAAAAUCCCAAGAGGGUACUUGACGUCGGUACUGGGACAGGAAUAUGGGCGGUGGAGUUCGCAAAGAGGCAUCCAGACUGUUACGUGCUUGGAACAGACUUGAAUCCAGUGCCGGACCCGCCUUCCACUAUACACAACUGUCACUUCAUCAUAGCGGAUGCUGAUGAAGAGUGGAAGCUUGGCAGCCCGUUCGAUCUGAUUCAUGUGCGAAGCCUGGGUGAGCCCACCGAUAAACGUCGGCUGUUCAAGUCCAUCUAUGACAAUCUCGCACCGGGGGGCUGGGUCGAGUUCCAGGAGUGGCUUCUGCAUGUUCAGUCCUCAGACAGGUCCUUGGAAGGCACCGCUUUUCAAAGAUGGAACCAAUUUUUAGCUGAAGGUCUUCAAAAGCUAGGGAGAUCCCUGUUCUACAUCCUCGAUUAUAAAGCUCUGCUAGAGCAGACGGGGUUCCAAAACGUGGUCGAACUAAAAUACGCCGUGCCUACUAAUACUUGGGCACCCGGAAGACAGUAUCAGAGGAUCGGCGCGCGGCAGAGGACUAAUACGCUGGAGGUCAUCGAUAUAUACUCCCGUAGUGUGCUGACACAAGGUCUGGGGUGGUCUGACCAGGCGGUAGACAAGCUAUUAGCCGAAGCGCGCAAGGACAUCGACAACACGCGCAUCCACUCGUUCUCUACUCUGAUGACAAUCUACUGCCAGAAGCCUCUAUCGGCUUCUACGAGGUCGCCUAACGCCGAAAAACCACCACAUAGAUGGUAGGGGGUAUGAUAUAAAUCGUGGGAAACACUGGGGAAGGCGGUAUAUACCUAAGGUACUAUGCAUAUAAUAUUGAGAAAGUUUGGGAUGAGCUCGGGAUAGCAUAAGCAUUAAAGUAAACGGCGUCUGGAGUGUUUUAUUAUUAUACCUCAUAUGAGAUUUAUGAAAAAAAAAAAAAAAGAGAAAAAAAAAAAUUUUCGGUACUUGUGAUAUGUAGCAUCGCGGAUACAUAGUAAGAAUCGGUAC